AUGUUUUCAGUUUUUAGCCCUCGUAGCGAUCUAUUGCAUGUCAAAGGCGCAGUGUUUCUUAUGGGCACAGUGUUUGUGAUGACAUUAUUAUCAAAUGAAAAAGGUAAUGGUGGGGAUGAGUUAGAAGAAAAAGAUAUUUUAAAGAAAGGGCCAUGGACAGCAGAAGAGGAUAAAAUUUUGAAGGAAUAUGUGAAAAACCAUGGAGAGGGAAAUUGGAAUGCAGUUCAAAAGAAAUCAGGACUUGCCCGUUGUGGAAAAAGCUGCCGUUUUCGAUGGACAAAUCACUUGAGACCAGAUUUGAAGAAGGGUCCCAUGAGUAAAGAGGAAGAGCUUAAGAUCAUUGAACUCCAUGCUGAUAUGGGGCCCAAAUGGGCUAAAAUGGCUUCGGAGUUGCCUGGACGUACUGACAAUGAGAUAAAGAACUAUUGGAACACAAGAAAAAAGAAACUUGAACGAGCUGGCGCACCAAUGUACCCUCCUAACAUACGCCCACGUGUGCUUAAUGCCACUCAACAAAGUCUAAAGGGUUCCAGCAGCCACCAACAAGCAGAUAAAUUUGUUAUACUAAACAACAACCUCAGUCAAGAACUUCCACCAUAUGUAUCACCAAUCAAUUAUAUAUAUGAAAGCAACACAUUUGAACAAGGUCCAAGCUCAUCAUCACAUUUGGACAGCACUAAUACUGUUGCCCCAGUAUUAGUUGAUUAUGAGCAAUAUGCAGGUUUAAAUGGCACUUCCUACAUAGCUGAGGCCAUGGUAUCAGACCUACCUCCACUUCCAUGCAGGCCUGCAUCUCCUAUUCUUCCAUCAGUAAUUGAUGGGUCUCUCAGUAGACUGAUUCAGGAUCCAGAUUCAAUAACUCCCACCAUAUAUGGGGAAUUGGUAUCAGAGCUACCUCCACUCCCAGGCAUAGAAUUUCAACAAGAAGGUUGCUCAUGUAGCAUGCCUCCAUUCUAUCAUGGGUCUGGUGAUAGAUUGAUUGAUAAGCACUAUCCUCCAAUUCAUGAACAGACUCAGUUAGAACCAGUUUCUCCACGCAGCAAUGGUUAUUUGGAAUCGAUACUCUACCCUCCAAAGAUUUUGGAAGGCUCAGGUAAUAAGAAGAAUUCAUCUCAUCCCUGUGAGAAAGAAUUGGAUGAGCAAGGGAAACAUUCGAACCCCAAAGAAAUUACAAGUCUGGAUGAUUUAGCUGAUUUUGUUUGGUUAGAGAAUGAAACAGUGAGUGACAAGGAUCAAUCUCCUACGGAUGAUGAUUUCUUCUCAUUUUUUGGUACAGAUUGCAAUGAUUUAUUAUAG